AUGGAUCCUCUUUCUUCACAAAUGACUUGCGUUCUAAGGCUGGAUACUCAGACUAGUGGAUGGGACAAAUCUAUACAUAAGCUUUUUAAAGGCAUUCGAGAUGUGACAUACACAAUCGACGCGACAAGAGGAUUAGCUUAUAUCUCCGGCAAAAUCAGCCCUGACAUUAUUCUGAGGAUUCGUAAAGCCAAGAAACAUGCAGAGUUAAUCCACAUGGAUUAUGGUCACGUUCCUCCUCCUCCCUUAAAUCCAUUCGAAAACGUACCUAUUGGUUUCAAUUACCAAGAUCCACGGUCACCGCCGCCGAUGUUUCAGCAGCCGUCUCCGAUGAGCCAGUAUACUUACUACCGUCAGAAUCCGUACACUGAAGAACCUCCUGUCGCAUAUCCUUAUUACUAUUAUCCGUACUAUGGACCGGAUGUGCUUUAUUCUCCACCGCCGCAGUUACCAACGCGAGACGGCGUCACCGGCGAGUCACAAUGCAGGAUCUUAUGA